UCCAAUAAACGCUUUAAAGCUUGACAUCAUCCAUAUAUAUCUAUUUAUUUCCCUGUCCAAUUCUCCAUAGCUUGUUUAGUUUUCUCCGUCCACCUAAGAGUCAAGAGUCUCUCCAUCGCUUCUCAAUGGAAAACAUCCAGCAUAAGCAUGUAGAAGUAAGAGGACUGAAGCUUCAUGUAGCUGAAAUCGGAAGCGGACCAAAGGCGGUGGUUUUCCUCCAUGGAUUUCCAGAAAUAUGGUACACUUGGAGGCAUCAACUGGUUUCUGUGGCAAGCAAAGGCUACAGGGCAAUAGCCAUUGAUUUCAGGGGCUAUGGUCUUUCAGAGCAGCCAGCUGAACCUGAGAAUGACUCCUUCAUCGACCUUGUCCACGAUGUGGUUGCGCUUUUGGAUUCUUUGGCCAUUGAUAAGGCUUUUCUUGUUGGGAAAGAUUUUGGAGCUUUGCCUGCAUACCUAGUAGCUGCUCUCCACCCAGAGCGGGUAUCCGGCGUCAUAACCCUAGGUAUUCCUUUCAUGCUACCAGGCCCCUCUGCUGUCCAAAACCAUCUCCUCCCUGAAGGCUUCUACAUAUCAAGGUGGCAGGAGCCGGUGGGGCGCGCAGAGGCAGAUUUUGGCCGCUUUGAUGUUAAGACGGUGAUAAGGAACAUCUACAUUCUGUUCUCUAGAAGUGAGAUUCCAAUAGCUGCUGCUGAUCAAGAAAUCAUGGAUUUGUUUGACCCUGCAACUCCUCUACCACCAUGGUUUUCUGAGGAAGAUCUCUCAGUCUAUGCAUCUUUGUAUGAGAAAUCUGGAUUCCGUUAUCCUUUGCGAGUUCCUUACAGAACUUUGGCAGUAGAUUGCGGUUUAACUGAUCCAAAAGUCUCAGCUCCAUCACUGCUUAUCGUGGGUGAGAAGGACUACGUCUUAAAAUUUCCGGGGAUCGAAGACUACAUACGGACUGGGGCAGUGAAGCAUUUCGUGCCUGAUCUGGAAAUUACAUAUAUGGCAGAAGGAAAUCAUUUUGUGCAUGAACAGUUUCCAGAGGAAGUCAAUCAGCUAGUCGUCUCCUUCCUUGACAAACAUGGCAUCUGAUGUAGAUGCGCAAUGUGCAAAGGAAACAAUAAAUAAUCCAUGAGAGAAACAAUAAUGUACUGUUUAACUGGCUGGGUGUUGCAUUACAUAUUUACCCCACAAAUUUGAUGUGCUUAACUAUUUUGCUAUAAUAAAUUACAUGACGUAUGCUUUUCAUUGGA